ACCUGGUCGUGCCAAUUGCCACAAUCAAUUUCAGAGGCCUACUGUGCUGGCGCAAGAGCAUAAUUUUGAUGCUCAUUGCUAGAGAUCUGCUCAGAGAGCCUUUACCUUUCAACUUCAUUGUCUUUGCUCUGUCAUUUCGAAUGUGCUCCACGAAAACGCCAUGUAGUGGGGUGAUCCAGAACAUCAAAAAUGGACAUUGCUACAGGCGCUUUUGUGAUCACAAAACCUUUAAAGAAGCUAAAGAAACAUGCUCUGAUCUCGGAGGUUAUUUGCCUACGGUUCGAAACAGUUAUGAAGACAAGUUCCUUGCAACAUUGGCGAAAGCAGAGCCACAAAGCGAACAAUGGGGAUACCCGCGAUGCCACUGGAUUGGGCUGAAACUCAAUCGCAAUUCUUUAAAACCUGACAAAUUUGAAUGGUCGAAUGGCGAAGAGAACUGGUAUCGGAAUUGGCAUCCAGGUCGUCCAGAUGACUGGUAUGGAGAGGAAUGUGUCCAUUACUCGUUUGAGAGUGGGUUUUGGGAUCAGUGGAAUGACUUAGACUGUAACAAAAAACUGCAAUACUUCUGCGAAUGGGAUUCUUGCAAAAAAGCACUCAGUAAAAUCUGAAAACGACGUUUUCUUCGUUUGAUUGAUUGAGUUUGAGAACAAGACUGUUAGAAGUUUGAUUGAUGAAGUCUGGCGAACUUGUUUUUUUUUUGUUCUCAUAUGUCUAAUUUUGCAUUUGUUUGUUUUGUAGUCAAAACCCUUUCUCAUCCUAC